UCUGUGUCGGCCCGCGUCUCUCGUCGCGACAAACCACAGUGACACGAUAGGCAGGCAGUCAACGGGACACAAACAAACUAUCCAGCAAACACACGGAUGUCACUCACGGAACGCAAAGAGACCUGCCCUGACCUGAUUCGAUCCAUGUGUUGUCCAUCACUCACUCACUCGUGAGUGUGCGAGUGGACAACCGACCGGUCACUCACACUCAAUGAUCCAGUGUACACGAGCCAUCCCAUCUCCAGUCGGCAAAAUCGCCAACCAACACGACCACCCGCUGACUGCCACGCCCUCACAGAGAGACGCUCUACACGCCCUUCUCCCCCCCUCCCUCCCUCGCUACGCCUUCUUCCCUUCUGCAGGCUUGGCACCAGCACCAGCAGCAGGCGGCUCCUUCUUACCCUUGGCCUCAGUUUGUUCUGGCUGCGUUGGCUUGGCCUUGGCGUCCUCGAGUUUCUUCUGCGGCUCGGGGAUGAACUCGGCCUGCUUGGGCAGCUGCUUGGGCUGCGCCUCGAUGGACUCGAUGAUGGGUCGGCGGGAUGCGAGGUCCAUCUUGACGGUGAUCGAGGGGCCCUUGCCGGCCUUGGCCUUCUGCCGCUGGUACUCCUUGUGCUCGGGCUUGUCCGAGGGGAGGAACCCCUCACGCAUCAGACGCUCACGCUCCUCGGGCAGCGGAGUGCCGGACGUCAGCUUGCCGUCAAACAGGUGCAUACCUGACGAACAAGGACCAGACCAGACAGACAGACAGACGUACGAGCAGAGAGAGAGGCGGACAGUGUUCGUGUGUGUGGGUACCCACCUUCCAUGGGUGGCGGCCAUCCUCUCUGUUCGAUGCCGAUGUCGGGCCGCUUGUAGCCCUCGACGCUCUUGGGCUGCGAGUAGUCGCCGGGCGGCAUGGCCAUGACCUCACGCCGGAUCUCCUCGAGCUGGGCCUUGUCCUUAAGGAGUCGGUCCAGGUAGCCGGGGCGCUCGAUGUACUCGAGCUCGAUCAUGUUGACCGGCAAAUCGUGGUCCACCGCUAUCUGCGCCUUCUGCAACACACACACACAGGGCAGUGCAGGUGGGGCUAUGCUGCGGUGUGUGGUGUGUGGUGCGGGUCUUCCUUUCUGACCCGAGCGAGUUCGUCAUCGAAUUCGGCGAAGGCGUCGACGUGCUCCUGGGUGAGGUGGCCGCGCCACAUGACUAUCGGCCCCAGCUCAGUCAAACGAGCUAUGGCCAUCACACCUGCACACCAGCGCGAACAACCGCAAACCACAGCACAGCACAGCGCGGCACAGCAACAGACAGAUGGAGCGAUUUGGGCUCGUGCAGGUACGUGUGUGUGUGCGUGACUGCCGCUGACUGACUGACUGGCUGACCAGGGUGGCUGAUGAAGGUGAGCUUCUGAUCUUGGACUCCGAACGACACCAUGCAGUCAGGCACCUUCUCCCGGGGGGGCGCUUUCGACGCUGGCUGCGGUGGCGCCUUGGCCACCGCUGUGCUGCUCGCCCGACGCACUAAGGCACGAAACAUUGUCGUAGAGCCACUCCUCCCUUUGACCCUAACCCUACACCCGAAACCCUGCAAGUGAGUGGAAAUGGGUUCGUGGUGGUUUGGUUGCGAACGUCUGCAGAGAUGCGGCGCUUGCGAUGUGGUCUGGCAUUGCUGCAGAGGUCAGCCUGCUGCC